CGCUGGUACAUUCCCAGUACAGGCGCCACCUCAACACUCAAACAAGAGUCUGUUUCUGUAGACAUUUUCUCCUUCCGACACUCUGUCUCGUCUACUUUGUCUUCCAGCAGCACUGCGUGCAAGUGAUUUACAGGAUGGACAAAGACUCUGUGCUGACUCACAUCCUGAAGUCAGAAGGCAUGUCGACUCUUCUUGGUGGAGAGCUGCCUGUCAGAGUGAUAAAGAACAAUAAUUACAUCUCCCCGCUGACUUCUGAAGGGCAGCAGACAGACAGAAAUGUGGAAGACGACUUGCCCAGCCUUGAUCGUGCCAUCCUCACAGCUCUGUCUGAUGAAACCAAGACUGUGAUCCUGGCCGGACCUGAAGGAUCAGGUAAAACCACAGCUUUGGAGAAGCUCCGUAUGGACUGGGCGACAGGAGAGCACCUGCAAAACUUCUCCUCUGUUUUCCAUUUCCGGUUCAGGGAGUUAAAUUCUCUGACUGGGGUGCUCUCCUUGGAGACGUUAUUGCAACACCAUCAUGGUCAUGUCCCAUCUGAGUCCAUGCCUCUGCUUCUGCAGAAGCCUGAGGAUGUGUUGUUUGUGUUUGAUGAUCUGGAUCAGUGCAGAACCAGCCUGGACCCCUCCGCCCACACCCUCUGCUCCGACCCCACACAGGCAGCCUCAGUGUCCUGUUUGGUGGCCAGCCUGCUCAAUGGAUCACUGUUGAAAGGAGCUGGUUUUGUGGUUGCAACCAGACAGACAGAAGGUCUGAAGUUUCUGAGUGGCACCCGGGUGGAGGUGUUGGGGUUUCUGAAGCCACAAAGAGAGGCCUACAUCAACGGGUUCUUCACAGACCCGGCUGCUGCCAAUAAAGCACGAACGCACAUGGAAAAGACUUUAGGCUUUUAUGACAUCUGCACCUCCCCGAGAUUUUGUUGGACCGUUUGUUCGGUUUACAAGUCUCUGAUGGAGGCUGGAGCAAAACUCCCUGAAACAUUAUGUCAGCUGUGUGUCGAGAUCCUGGUCCUCCUGAUUCAGACGCUCUCUCUGAACGAGGCCUGCAACAGAGAAAUAGUUCUGGCUCUCGGCAAGAUGGCGUCUUAUUGCUUACUUGAUGAGCAUUCAAGCUGUACCCAAGAACAACUAGAUUCCUUUGGUUUUCAGAAGUUUCUCACCUCUGCUGGUGUUUUCUUGCAAGUUGACGGUGACCAUUCGGACAGACGUGUCUUCUCCUUCCACUCCCAACUGUUGCAGGAGUUCCUCCUGGCCGUGUCUUUCUUUUUGGACAAGGCUUCAUCUGAAGGUGUGGAGAAGAUGUUGGAAAAGCACAAAAAUCAUGCAAAGUUUCUAGAUCUGCUCUUGUCGGGGCUCUCGGAGCCACUUCAACGCAAACCACUAGAGACUCUGCUGGGGAAGCUGAACGCUGAUCGGAUCAUGGAUUUCAAAAGCUGGUUCAAAAGCAGCUCGCAGGCAACACUGAAGGAAUGCUACAAAGACAGACACCAUCGCUGCUUCCAUAUGCUACUUCAAGCUCAAAAUGAGAGUUUGGUGAAAGAAAUCAUUACCCCUUCUGCACGAAUAGGCAUAAGCUAUGGUGACCUGAGUCUCCAAGACUAUGCAGCUCUGAAUUAUGUCAUCACAUGCCUCGGUGAAAUGGAGCAGUUAAAUCUGUACAACACAAGGAAUCUGACGGAGGAACAGGCAGAGAUGCUGGCUCCAACCAUGAGCAUAUCACAUAAGAUAAACUUGUCCAGCAGCACUUUGAGCACCGGGGCUGUCCGUCAUCUGGCUUCAGCUCUCAGCAGAGGAAUCACCAAGGAGCUGGAUCUCUCAAACUCCCGCCUCGGAGAUGAAAAGUUCAAAAUCCUCUGUGCUGGACUGAAAGACUGCAAGCUGCGGACAUUAAACCUUCUCACAUGCAGGCUGACAGAGGCAGGAUGUGAGGAUCUGGUGUCUGUCCUGACCUCAGCAACCUCUCAGCUGUGUCUGUUAGAUAUAAGGUUUAGUCAGAUCGGAGACCAGGGCCUCGUGAAACUGUGCAAAGCUCUGCAUAGUCCCCACUGCAAACUGCAGGAGCUCCUGACACAAGGCUGCGACUUGACUGCAGCAUCCAUGGAGGCUUUAUCAGCAGCUGUGUGUUCUGGCCAAUCAGAGCUGAGGAAGGUGGACCUGACCCGUAACACGAUUGGUGACAGAGGAGUGGAGGCUUUGUGCAAGGCCCUGCAGCACCCACUUUGCAAACUGCAGAGCCUCAAUUUCUUUGACUGCGAGUUGACAGCUGCCUGCUGUCCUCAUUUGAUGGAAGCCUUGAUGUCGGAGCACUGCUCUCUGUCAGAGCUGGACCUGUCAGUGAAUGAGUUGGGCCAGGAGGGGGCGCUGCUGCUCUGCAAAGCCCUCCGUCGACCAGGCUGUCCCAUGGAAAAGCUCGGCCUGAAACGAUGCGAGUUAACCGAGUCGGUCUUCAAGGAGCUGAGCUCUGUGCUGAGAAGUGGCACUUCUCAACUGAAGUCUCUGAUUGCGGGUAUAAACGCAGUAGGGGACCAGGGGGUUAAACAUCUUUGGGAUGCUGUUGCACAUCCAAGCUGCCUGUUGGAGGAAUUGGAUGUUGAGAUGACCAAUUUGACGGACGCCUGCGUUGAGGACAUGUGUGCUGCAAUUAGAGCCAGCAAGACUUUAAAGAGCCUGGAACUGAGAAACAACUCGCUGACUGAUGCGUCCGUCCCAGCCCUCGUCCAAGUCAUGCAGGACAGCGACAACAUGCUGGAGAUGAACCUGAAGUACAACGACUUCAGUGAAGAAGUUUUUGACAUGUUGGAAGAGUGUGAUAAAAUAAGAUACUGAAGAAGACUGUUAAGUCUCGGGAUGCACGAUAUCGGAUUUUUUGCCGAUAUCCGAUAUGCCAAUUUGUUACAACUCAUUUAGCCGAUUACCGAUACCUAUAUUUUUUCCUGCACAACUUAUACCCACAAUCAGGGCAA